UGUUUGUUUGUCAACAAAAUAUGACAUUUUAGAAUAUUUGCUACGGCUAAAGGUUACUAAAAAUCUAUUGAUAUUUAUUUGCAUUAUACAACUUUAUAUAUUAAGAUAAAAUGGUUUGCGAUAAAUGUGAAAAGAAACUCGGACGCGUCAUAACACCAGAUCCUUGGAAGGCGGGAGCGAGAAACACAGUAGAAUCUGGAGGCAGAAAAAUUGGGGAGAAUAAGGCUUUAACAGCUAAGAAAGGACGAUAUAACCCGUAUACAUCGAAGUUUUAUGAAUGCAAGAUAUGUCGCACCAAAGUCCAUCAAGUCGGUUCACACUAUUGUCAAGCCUGUGCAUACAAGAAAGGUAUCUGUUCAAUGUGCGGAAAAAAAAUAUUAGACACAGCAAAUUACCGACAGAGUUCCACUUAGUCAUAAGAUUUUAAAAUGGUUAAUACUACAUUUUUGUAUAAAAUUAGUAUUUAGUACUAAACCCGGUCACCACAGUAUAGUGAAUUAAAUGCAUUUAAACAUAAUUAUCUCUGUUUUUCAAAUUAAUUAUAAACAAGUUACUCUCCAUUGUCAUUUUGAAAACUAACAAAAAAGAACCCAAUCUCUGCUUGUAUAGAAACAGUGAUAAAUUUAAAACAUUAAACUAUUUUUUACAUAUUAAAGUCCGACGGUAACGAAGAGUAACUUCCAAGGAAGUGUAUAAAUCAAACUACUUAUAUACAUUAUUCCGACUUAGAAGAGAGAAAUGCUCUUAUGAGCACUUUUGAAUCGUCAUUAUAAGAUUGUAAUUAAUACAUAUUUUUUAAUACAUGUUGUAAUGUAAAUAUUUUAAAUAAAUAUUUAAUAAAUG